CAGGACGAUACCUACUCUGUACAGCAUUACCUAUCAUCUCGACGCGACCAUCGCACACACUUUUUAAAUCAAGCCUCACCAGCUACGAGAAUGAUGCUAAUGACGUUAGCAACGCAACAAAUCUAACAAUUACCUACCUUUCCUAUUGGAUUUACCAGGCUUACCUUUAUCACCAUGACCACUACUACAACUGCCUCAAGAGGUCAAACCUCGAGGGCUGGAGUCAAGAUACCAUCCAUUCCACCAAAUCAAACAUUAUAUGUUACGAACUUACCAUCGAGCAAGAUAAAUAAGGCAGACCUAAAAACGGCUCUUUAUAUGCUUUUUUCAACUUACGGUCCAGUCCUCGAUGUCGUAGCCCUGAAGACGAUGAAAAUGCGUGGUCAAGCUCAUAUCGUCUUUCGUGAUCUUCAAGCAGCAACUCAGGCAUUACGAUCCUUAGAGGGUUUCAAAUUCUUAGGCGCGGAGCUACACCUCCAGUACGCGAAAUCAAAGUCCGACGUGAUCGCGAAGCUGGAUGGUACAUACAAGCUUCCGGGGUCAUCCGCCGCCAACGUCGAGAUGACCGAAGCUCAGCAGAGCAUUUUCAAUGCUCCAGCACAUGGGACCUCCACCACUACAGGCCCGACAGCAACGAUUUCUACCCCUUCUAAUCUAAACUCGAAGCCGGCCCGAGGUUCCGACCAAGUUAUGACGGACGCGAAGAAUCCCGACGCACGAGGACAAAAGCGGCCUCGCGAUGAAGAGGAGGAGGAAGAAGAAAGUGACGAGGAUGUGGCAAUGGAAGAAGACAGCGAUGACGAAUGAAGACUUUUUAUACUGUCUGUCAAAUAGGCCCCUUUAUUCAAGGCUUCGUCGUCCAUUAUCAGAUUUCGGGAUGUGUGCUGCGCUGUUUUCAGCCUUCUAUCUGAGAGCUCAUCCUCCAUUGGCCAUGGCCAUUUGCCGAGGAACCCAGAGUCCAACGCACCCACCCACCAAACCAAGCCAUACCAUAAGGUAGUCUUCUUUGGAGCAGUCAAAUCCCAUCAUAGCGUCUCCGAGGACGCAUGGGUGGACGAAGAACGAAGGGAGCCCGGUGAUGGGGUGAUGCUAUAGACAUCACAUUUAGUCAUAAGGUAGAGAUAAUAAAAUACCCAGCAUGAGAUACAGGCAAUUGACUCGUUAAACAGCGCAGGGGAAUUACCCACAUC